GUUGUCUGGUUUCCCGUUAUCAGCCGCAGCCAGGCUCGCCGGGUUGCGGAUGUGAAGUGGCCUUCGGCUGGUCUGCCCGCCGCCGGCCCCGCUCCUCGGAGACCGGCGAGCAGCCACUGGCAGCAAGCGGGGCCGGGCGGCGGGGCGCUGCUGGCCGGACUAUGCCGUGUCGGGCGCCGCUCCUCCUUCUCCUCCUCCUCGGCCCGGUGCGGGCCUCAGGUGCAGAAUCUUCUCCCCAUUUACCAGCACCAAAGGAUGUGAUGAUUUAUUCCUAUAACUUUCAUAGCUUGCUGAAGUGGUCUCCUGUUGAAGUGGAUAGAGGCUUGGUGUUAUAUACAGUCAAUUAUAAAACAGGAGCCUUCAAUAAGUGGGAUGAGAUGAACUGCACCCGGAUCACCCACACUGAAUGCAGUCUCCCCUGGUCACUUAAGGAGCGGCGCUGGACUCUUGUUUUGCGUGUGAGGGCUGAGCUAGGGCAAGUGACUUCUGACUGGGUGGAAACAGAUCCCUUUGUGGCAGAGAGAAACACUACUAUAGGGCCUCCUAAAGUGAACAGUGUGACUGUAAGCUCUGACUCACUUCUCAUUAGUGUCACGCCCCCGUUCGGAUCGGAAGCAGGAUACUCUCUUCAGUAUCAUGUGUCCUACUGGGAGAAUGCAACAAGUUCUAUUAAAAAAGAGACAAAGAAGAGCAAUACAUUAUUCAAAAUCAGAAAUCUGAAGGAAUUGACACUUUACUGUUUUAGAAUUCAAGUAGAAUUGUUGGCAUACCCAGAAUUCCAGUUACUUGGACUGCAAAGUGUCCCAGAGUGUUACAGAACUACAAUCAGUGAGACAAGCAGAGCUUUAUAUAUUGUACUAAUAUUUCUGUUGGUGCUACUUUCUGUAAAUCUGGUAGCAGUUGGCUUGUUAUUUCUGUGGAGAUACCACAAAAAACUUAAAUAUUGGUCUCAGCCACUUUUACAAAUCCCACCACACUUUGAAGAGGAUUUGAAGGACCUGAACAUGCCUGUUCUAGAGGUGCCGCACUAUGAUGCUGAGGAUGACCCUGACAACUUAUCUGUUGUGUUUUGUGGAGAAGGAAGCCAGGCCCAUGGCGGUGGUUUGGCUGGUCAGGCUCAUUCACACAACAUCGCCAGCAAUAGUGACAUAACUUAAGCCCAGCCUGGUGCGAGUGCCUGUACUGAGCAGUUGCAGAAGCUCCUGCCCAGGGGUGGUACAUGUUGCUGCUGAUGGGACACAAGGAGCUCUGGACAAAAUGCAGCCACUGAUGAAUCCUGAGUGAGAUAUUGCUCCCUGGGAAUAGCAUGGACCCUGAGCUGUUGUUCAAAGGGCUUCUGCUGCUACACCAGCAGCUAUGCUCUGCCAAAGAGACUUAAAAGGCAGAACAUGGAAGAGAACACUAAAUUGCCAGCAGACAGACAGAUGGCUAUAUUAACAUCAUCACAUUUCCCACCCCAACUUGAAACAAAUCUUGUGAGAACCAAUGGCACUUUAUGGUAGGAUGCAGUACAACGUGGACUGUUUCAGUGAGUGAAUAAUUCUACCAGGAACGACAUUUAUAGAGGCUUUUGUUUUGUUGCUUUAUUUGUUAAGUCAGUGUUAGUGCUCAGUGUGUAUUAUAUCCAGCCCAGUAUGCUUUUCUGAAUCAUUUUAGGUACAUGCAGGUUUCUGUGACAGCUUCUUCCCUCCAGAUAAAAAGGGCAGUCUAAUAAAAAAGAAAUAGUACUUUACUCUCUUCAGCAGGAAACUGUGUAAAGAACAAGUCCCCAGGCAAGACCUCCUUAUUCCUGCCUCCUAACACUCAUAAGAAGCAUUAAUCUUUGCUCCUGCAGUGAGACAGUUGUUCUUCACAGCAAAAUAAACUUUAAAUACUCUUGCUUAGAAUUCAUAAUACAUUGGUAAUUAUCAAACACUAAAACCUCUUGUUGCCUAUCAGUCAAAUGAGAAGUUGACUGGGGGUUCUGGUUUGAGUGCCUUAAAGCAAACAACUUAAGAAUUUAAGCCUCACAUCACAGUCCUGUGGGGCCUGGAAGGUGUCUAAUAAAGCACAAAUUAACCACUUCUGUACUAAAA